AUGGAUGUUGUAAAAAGUAGUUCAGAGGAGAAAAUUGUUGGACAUACUGACACCUUAGGUUUGAAAGGCACAACUCAUAAUUUUUCGAUCAACAACAACGAUGUUUUUUUCACAAAGUCGACACUUGCCUCUACCGGUAAUUUAUCAUCGCCAACCUAUCACACCUCAAAGUCCAACCUUCCAAUCGCUGCUGUUCCAAUAGUUACUGCAACACCUCCACGGCGAUAUCUUGUGCUGCAAUCAACAACGAACAGUUCCAGAAACACUCCAUCAUCCUAUCAUUAUCGGACAUCGAUGUACUCAAAAUUAAACACAGCUUCGAAAAGAUCUCAACACAGCUCACCACCAUACAUGGCUCUAACUAUUUCGUCAGCUAUGAAAAUAAAGCAAAUAAUAAAACGGUCGGAACCGUCGUUAUGGACCUCUCGUCGACAAUAUUCAAUUUCAGGAAGGUCACAUACUGCAUCUUUUUUUGUGCCAUUGAGAAACAGAGAGAGUCAUCGAUCAAAAUUACGUUUUUGGCAUCGAGAGACAUCACAGUCACCAAAAAUAUAUCAAAAAAAACGUCUCGUCAACAGUACUAAGGCAGGGUUACUUACCACGAAAUGCGGUAGAACAAAUGAAUCGAAUCUUCAAAAUUUGCAGCGAACAUCACCGCAGUCAUUAUCGAGAGUUGCUUGCCGCCUCCCGCACUGCGGUGGAUUGUAUCACAAAUAUUUAAAACCACUAUUUUGGGAUCCAAUAACAUUAAGAAAUGACAGAAUGUUGCGGAGGGAACGGAAGGAAAGUUUUAUGAAGGAAGUUGGAAUAAAGGAUUCAACGAUAAAUAUCAAAAACGCACAGAUUGAAACAUCACUGCAUUUGAAACAGACUGAAUUGCAGUUAUCAUUAAAAAAUUCACAACAGAAGGAAACUUCUCGACUUCGUCUUGGCAGAGAUUAUUUGCAUCAACAAGAUCAGGUAAAUAAUAACGCUCCAACACUUAGUCUUAGUACAACCCAAAUUAAGACACCACAUGGUUGGCAGCGAACAUUUUUGAACGUAUCAUGCGAGAAGACUUCACGCCUUGAUCGCUUUACGCCACAAUUUGUGGAGACUGUUUCUGCACAGGUAUGGAUAACCGAAUCAUUACAAGGAACUGCACCAUUACGACAAAUGCUACCAUCAAAGCUCUCCAAAUAUAACAUUUGGCAAUGGAUUUCUUUUCAUUCAUCUCAGAAAAUCACUCGUUUCAAACGUUUUUGGAGACCGGAAGUGAAUGAUAUGAAACCGGCUCCGCAGCUAUCUCAAUGUAUUUCACGAUUGGAGAAAUCUGCAAAUAAAUUUAGCUUAACAGAACCACGAAUAUCUCGAGGAAUAAUUUGGAAACAAACAGUUUCCAAAUCAUUGCCGAAAGUUUCACGACUUAACCGUUUUCCAGUUCCUGAAAAUUUAAUAUCAAAGAUCUCUCAAGGAAGUUUUCGUUCCAAACAAUCUGAAGAAGUUCCACUGGAUUUCCUUUCAAUAAAAACACCGUUGUCAAAUGCUUUAACUUCUUGUGCCACUUUACCAAUCCGACAGCAAAAAGGUUCAUCUUAUGAGCAAGCAAAACCAAUUCAUCUAUCAAAAGUUUCUAACAAAAGCAGUCUUUCAUCUCUUCAUUUAAAUAUAUUCAAUACCAUCAAUUUUAAUAAAGCUAGAGAAGGAAGGGAUAGAGAAUUAUCAGGCAGUGCAGAAAUUAGACAAAUACAACCAGUAUCACACUUAGAUCGAACAAGAGGACAGCAUUUUGUUGAUUCGUCUUUUAACCGUAUUGCUCAUCGAAUAACAAAACAGGACGAUAUCGGAGAAAUUUCGGGAGAUUCAGAAAUGCAAACAGCAAUCGCUAAAGAAACCGUUUCACAUGUUGCUUCGAUUCUGUUGCAGGGAACAAAUUCAAAAUAUAUGGCACCCAGCAACAUCGUUUCGAGUUAUCGUGAAAUACAUAUGGCAUUGCAAAGCAAAUUUCAACCGAUGAAGCUCUGUUUGAAUGGAAUUACAACAUCAGAGAAAGUUUGCGUUCAACGAAUUAUCGUAAAUGGUAGCAAAGUGUAUCACAAAUAA